CAGAUAAUCAGAGGGGGAGUGGGAAAUGGAAUAAUAUUAAUAUUGACAACUGAUUAAAGAAAAAUAGUUCUCGCUAAUGGUGAUGUGAUUCGGGUUCAUUUUAUUUUCUAUUAGUAUACAGUUUAAAAUGACGAUAACAAUGAUCUCAAAAUUGCUCAGCAUGGCUAUUGUGCUGUGUACUCUUUUCGUUAUUUACGGAUUUAUGUCCAAGUUAAGCUUGACGUUUUUAGGCUUCACUUCAACGAAGCUAACAAGCCUUUCAGGGCCUCCUGUACACCAGUGGAACUUGGAGAACGCUACACUAUUUCUUCCAGGAAUAACGAAUCGACUUUAUCGCCAAGAAGUUUACAGUAGAGCAACAAGACAUCACAAUCGACAUCUCCAUGGCCCAAAAAAGUACCAUGUCACAAGAAAACAGCAACAAAUUAAUCACAGUUUUAGAAGAGUGUGCUACUACACAGUACCUACAGAUGAAUGGCCCGAUCUUCGUCCUAGCCACAUUGAUGUAUCCCUCUGCACUCAUAUCAUUAUCGGUUUUGCACAAAUUUCUGGUGGAUUGCUGACUCCCAUAGGUGACAAAGAUGAAUUCAUUUACAAAGAAGUCAUUGGAUUGAAGAAAACAGCCCCAGAGUUGAAAGUCUUGCUCUCUGUGGGCGGAGCCAGCAAUGAUUUAGGAUUCCACGGUGUUGUUCAAACACUUGAAGAUCGCGAAGAGUUUGCUGUGAAUUCAGCCAAGUAUUUGAAAAAAAUCGGAUUCGAUGGAAUCGACGUUGAUUGGGAAUUCCCCGCUUGGUACAGGCCAUUCGAAGAGAGAUUUAUGUUUCAAAUGUUGCUGCAAGAACUUUACUACGUUUACAAGAAUCCUGUCUAUAAUCUCACGAUAUCAGUCGCUGUGGCCGCUUCGAAAUCAAUUAUAGAUCGAAGCUAUCGUGUGGCUCAAAUGGCGAAAUACGUUGAUUUUGUAUCCUUGAUGGGUUACGACUUUCACUCAUUCAAAUGGUACCUUCCUCUAACGGGUCAUAACUCACCGCUCUACCCUCGCUCAGAUGAAUGGAACAUGUUUAGCACCGUCAAUUUAAACUGGACCUCAUUUUAUUGGGUUCAGCUGGGAAUGCCCAGAGAGAAAAUAGUUAUAGGAUUACCGACUUACGGACAAACAUAUCAGUUAUACAAUCCGAAUUUCCAUGGUCUCUACGCCCCUGCAAUAGGUGCUGGCACCGUAGGUAUUGGUGGGCAGAUCUCAUAUCCAGUUGUGUGCCAAUUUCUUGCCAACGGUGGAAUCAGAGAGUUUGACGCAGAAAGCAGGGUUCCCUUCGCAUAUCAUAAAAGAACCUGGAUCUCAUACGACGAUGAACAAAGUUUAGAAGAAAAGGCAAGGUGGAUUAGGAGUAAUUACUUCGGUGGUGUUAUGAUCUUCGAUCUCAACUGUGACGAUUUCAACAACGUUUGUGGAAACAACACGUUUCCCUUGAUCAAAUCAGUACUACGUGGAUUAACAGCAUAAAGAAUUAUUGACGAUGGCGAUAUCCAAUUAUCCAUGUCUCACUCAACACAUCAAUCAACCACUUUAUAAAGCUAUUUGCGUAUUUAUUAGAUCCCAUUUUUUGGCGUAUUGAAUACCCUAGUCACAUCCUACAAAUAUCACUAUAUAUCACUAGUCCACAAAUUAAUUUAAUCGCAAAUAAGUUUACGGUAAUACCUCAAAAUCCAUUGAAAAUGUUUGUAACCAAGACGUUCCUAGGAGGGCAACUGUAGAACUAAAUGUACGCACUGAUGGCAAUAGAAAUCGCUAAUCUUAA